AUGCCGCUUUUCAAGAAGUUUGUCGAGCCUGGCCGCUUGUGCCUCAUCACAUACGGACCUGAUGCCGGCAAGUUGUGCUUCAUAGUAGAUGUUGUGACCAACACCCGUAUUUUGGUCGACGGCGCUAUGGUCACAGGCGUCGAACGCCAACAGCUCCCUUUGACCUGGAUCAAACUCACCGACGUCAAGAUUGCUCUCAGCCGUGGAGCUAAAACCGGUGCUCUUGCUAAGGCCGUGAAGAAGCACGACGCUUUGAACGCUUUCAAGAAGACUCCCAUGGGAAAGAGGCUUGAGUUCGAAGAGAGAAGGAGGAACCUGACCGACUUUGAACGUUUCAAGCUUAUGGUAGCACACAAGGAAAGGAGGAAGGUGAUGAAGAAAGCGGCUGCUGGCAAGGCCUAA